AUCCAUACAAUAGUGCAAAAGAUGGGAAAGAAGGAUAAAGUUAAGGUCGACGCUGAAGAAGCGGAAGACAACUACGACAAGAGAAUGCCUGCUGUGUUGCCAUUUGCCAAGCCAUUAGCUCCUAAGAAGAUCAACAAAAAAGUGUUGAAGACUGUCAAGAAAGCAUCUAAGGCUAAACAUGUCAAGAGAGGAGUGAAAGAAGUUGUCAAAGCAUUAAGAAAAGGUGAGAAAGGCUUAGUUAUUCUCGCUGGAGACAUUUCUCCUCCCGAUGUGAUUUCCCAUAUUCCGGUUUUGUGUGAAGACACCAGUGUUCCAUAUGUAUUUAUACCUUCCAAGGAAGACUUGGGUUCUGCUGGUUCUACCAAAAGACCAACCUCUUGUGUGAUGAUUGUUCCAGGAGGUGGCAAGACCAAGAAGAAUGCUGAUAAAGUGAGUGAAUACAAGGAAAACUUUGACGAAAUAGUCAAGGAAAUCAGUUCAUUAAGUUAGAUUCAUGGCAUGUAUAUUUAGUUUAAAGAUGUAUACGAUAGGAUAAUAUAUUUCGACGAAUUGAACAGUGGG